AUGUUCAGCUUGAACAGGCUCUGCACUCGGGCAACACGCUCAUUCUCUACCAUUGCUCCGAGACAACAAGGCAAUGCAGCUGAUUACGCUUUUGCUUUCGACAUUGACGGCGUGCUUGUCAAGGGAAAACGCACCAUUCCUCAGGCCAAAAAAGCUUUGCAGAUGCUUAAUGGGGAUAAUCCAAGUGGAAGACGAGUGCCAUUUGUUUUGCUUACCAAUGGUGGAGGUGUUACUGAAGCUAUCAAAGCGGCUCAAGUCAGUGAAAUGCUCGAUCUCGAGAUCCAACCCGAGCAAGUGAUUUUAUCGCAUUCACCUAUGCAAGCUCUCGUCCCACAAUAUAAGGACAAGGCCGUUUUGGUUGUUGGUGGCCAGGAUCGUGCAGCCUAUGAAGUUGCCAAGCAGUACGGCUUUGAUAAUGUGGUCAUUCCGGAUGAUAUCCAUUGUUGGCAACCUCCAGUGUGGCCUUUUCGCUCUGCUGAUCGUGAUAGUGCUAACAAGGAGGAUGUCCCAGAUUUUUCAAAGACACCCAUCAGCGCUGUAAUGAUGUUCCAUGACUCGCGUGAUUGGGGUCGUGAUAUCCAAAUCAUGCUGGAUGUUAUUUGUUCUCAAGGUGGUGUUGUUGGUACGCAAAAGACUGAUUUUGCCAUUCAAGAUAUCCCAGUCUACUUUUCCAAUAACGAUGUUGUAUGGAGCACCGAAUUCCCAGUGCCACGACUUGGUCAAGGUUCAUUCAAAGCCGCCAUUGAACAUGUUUAUUAUACUUUGACGGGAGAACAACUUCAAUCUACAUCCUAUGGCAAGCCCCAUUCGACAACGUACGCCUAUGCUGAACGUGUUCUCGAGUCAUUGCAAGGAUCAAAGCCUAAGCGUGUGUAUGCCAUUGGUGAUAAUCCAGCAGCUGAUAUCAAAGGAGCCAGUGACUAUGGAUGGUCAAGUGUGCUUGUUCGUACAGGUGUUUUCCGUGGACCUGGUAACUCGACCUUGUAUCCAGCCAAUGCCGUUGUCGAUCAUGUUGAACACGCUGUUGAAUGGGUGUUGAGCCAAGAAGGCGAUUUAUAA